GGGCUGGGUGGUGUCCAGCCAGUGUUUGGCAGAGAUAAGACCCCCCUCGACAUCCUCCCUUUAUUCUGGGCUUUUUGUUUGCUUUUGUCCUGACACGCAAAACAAAAGCUCCUCCGGGGACUGCAGCGGCGAGGCAAGUGUAAGAGAUGACAGAGGAGAGGUGUGCCAAAGUGGAGCAGUAUGUUGGUGAAAUUAAAGGUGGCCUGAGACCAACCAUGAAACUCACAGUCAUAGGCAUGGUACAUUCCAAACCCAAGAGCUUUUCAGUGACUCUGCUCUGUGAUCCAGUGGAUGCCAACAAAGAUGUUGGGCUGUUAUUUACAGUUAACUUCAGUGAGAAAUCCAUCACCCGAAAUGCACGAAUUGCUGGGAAAUGGGGAAGAGAAGAGAAGACUAUUCCCUACUUUCCAUUUACAGCAGGCGACACGUUCAAGAUGGAGCUCUUAUGUGAACACCAGCAAAUACGAGUCUUGCUUGAUGGACGGCAGCUCUGUGACUUCACUCACCGCAUUCAGCCUCUGAGCUUAGUGAAAGCUUUGCGGAUCUCAGGGGACAUCAAGCUUACCAAAGUGGCUUGAAAAAACGAUCAAGA